AUGAAGUUGCUUCCACCACCAAUAAUGUUCCAUUUAGUAGUAUUGUUUAUUAGUUAUUUUUAUUUUGGUAGAGCCAUUGAUUGUGGUGGGAAGCAAAUUGUUAAUACCAUCACUGUUGACCAACAAAAAAAAGGAGCAUUCCAAACAAUUCAAGCUGCCAUUAAUUCUAUAAAGAAGCCAAAUGAUCGAUGGGUUAUGAUUAAUAUAAAUCCUGGCACAUACAAGGAACAAGUUCUUAUAGAUGCUAGAAUGCCGUGCAUUAUUUUAAAAGGAUCGGGUAGCAAUAACACAAUCAUUACUUACGACAAAUCAUUUCACGAUGGUGGCCAAUCCAUGAGUGCGACAUUUCAUUCAUCUCCACAUAAUGUAAUUUUGAGUGGCAUUAAAUUCCAGGUACGUAAAAGAAGUAACACGUUUGGAUAUAAUGGACCGGCAGUAGCAACGUCUAUAUAUGGUGAUAAGACUGCAAUUUUUGAUUGUAGUUUCAUUGGUUAUCAAGAUACUUUGCUUUCAUCAAAGGGGCGCCAAUACUUCAAAAAUUGUUAUAUUCAAGGUGAAGAUGACUUCAUUUGUGGUGCUGGUCAAUCUUAUUUUGAGAAUUGUGUGAUGAAUGCUACUCAAGGAGACUCUAUGCCUUCAGGUUUUGUGACAGCACAACGUAGGGAUAACCCAAAUGAUCCAAGUGGAUAUGUUUUUAGAGGAGGGUCAGUUGUUGGAAAUGGUGAGGUGAAUCUUGGAAGACCUUGGGCCCCUUACGCAAGAGUUAUAUUUUGGGAAACAUAUUUUUCUUCGGUGGUUACCCCUCAAGGAUGGGUUGCUUGGGAUUCAAAGAAAGGCCAAGAGAACGAGACCACAUUUGCAGAAGUCAAUUGUACAGGACCUGGGGCUGAUACUAAGAAACGUGUCGAGUGGGAGAAGAAACCAAAAGACUUAAACUUAAAUGAAUAUACUUUGUCAUCUUUCAUAAAUAAUGAUGGAUGGCUUGACAAUUUACCAUCUAUAUAA